AUGAAUCAAGCUGAUAUAACAAAACUUGUUUCCAAAUUACGAAUUAAAGUUCCACCAACACAUCGACGUUUAAGAAAUCCACUAGGUCCUGAAGGAAGAUUAAAUAAAUUGCGAAAAACUGUAACUGGUUUAAUAAAAUAUGAAAGAAUCGAAUUAAACUAUAAUAGAGCUGAUGAAGCUCGCCAAUAUGCAGAAAGACUUAUAUCAGAAGCAAUAAGCCAUGGAGAUUGUCAUAAACCCACAAUGGAAAUAGCCGAUUUUUGGCUUCUCGAAAAGGAACUAGUGCAUAAAUUGUUUAAAGUUUUAGUCCCUAGAUUUGAAAAUUCUAGUUCAGCUUUCACCAAAAUGUACAAAGCUCCAAAACCAGCAUAUGCAAGAGCCAUUGAAAAGACAAUUCUUGAAUUGAAAGGAAAUCCUUACCCGUCACUAACAACUAGACAGCCAAAUAAUAAAUUAUUGUUGCAAAAUGUCCUGUUAGAUGCAGCCAAAUAUGACUAUCGCCAGACAAAGUACGCUGAGAUAGCAGAAAAAAUGUCUACACCAGAAGAAACAAAAAAUCCUGAUAGCUAA